GCGGAAGUGGGCUGUGGAGGCUGCUGCGGCCCGGGCUGUUUGGCGGGAUGGUCCCCACGGAGGAGGUGUCCGCGCGGCGCAGGGAGAUCGAGGGCAAGCUCAAGCAGGAAGAAGAAACACUGUCUUUUAUAAAGGAGAGCCUGGAAAAAAGUGAUCAGCUCACAAAAAACAUGGUUUCCAUCCUCUCCUCCUUUGAGAGUCGUUUGAUGAGGCUGGAGAACUCAAUCAUCCCUGUGCAUAAGCAGACUGAGAAUCUGCAGCGACUGCAGGAGAAUGUUGAGAAGACCCUGUCCUGCUUAGAUCAUGUCAUUAGCUACUACCAUGUGGCAAAGGACACCGAGAAGAUCAUAAAGGAAGGCCCUUCAGGGAGGCUGGUGGAGUAUUUGGCCUGUUUGGACAAAAUCCAGAAGGCGGUGGAGUAUUUCCAAGACAACAAUCCUGACGGCCCGGAACUGAAUCGAGUGAAAUCCCUGUUUGAGAGGGGGAAGGAGUCCCUGGAAUCGGAAUUCCGCAACCUGUUGACGCGAUGCACCAAGCCAGUUCCACCCAUCCUCAUCCUGGACCACCUCGGUGGGGAUGAUGAGAUUGAAACACAGGAAGAGAUGCCGUUGAACCAGCUCCCUGAGAACACCUUGAAAGACAUCAUCAGCAUCUCUCGCUGGCUGGUGGAGUUUGGAAGAAACCAAGACUUCAUGAACGUUUACUACCAAAUCCGCUCUAGCCAGCUUGACCGAUCCAUCAAAGGGCUGAAAGAGCAUUUCCGGAAGAACAGCUCCUCCUCAGGGGUCCCCUACUCCCCUGCCAUCCAGAACAAGAGGAAGGAUACACCCACCAAAAAGCCCAUCAAGAGACCAGUCCUCAUUCCAGGCACGAUCCGUAAGGCUCAGAAUCUUCUGAAACAAUAUUCCCAGCAUGGUCUAGAUGGGAAAAAGGGGGCCUCUAACCUCAUUCCUAUGGAAGGUCAUGAGCAUGAUUUACGACUUAAACACCUUUCCGAUGCCCUGAGCGACAAGCAUGGGCCAGCUGCUGGGAGGGACGACGUGCUGGACAUUGAGAUUGAUGCCUACAUUCACUGCGUUAGCGCCUUUGUCAAACUGGCCCAGAGCGAGUACCAGAUCCUGACAGAGAUCAUCCCAGAGCACCACCAGAAGAAGACUUUUGACUCCCUCAUUCAGGAGUCACUAGAUAACCUGAUGAUUGAGGGAGACAACAUUGUCUCAGCAGCCCGGAAAGCCAUUAUACGGCAUGACUACUCAGCUGUGCUCACCAUCUUCCCCAUCCUGAGGCACCUGAAGCAGAUGAAGCCAGAAUUUGAUCAGGUCUUGCAGGGCACUGCAGCCAGCACAAAAAACAAACUUCCAGGACUGAUCACCUCCAUGGAGACCACAGGGGCUAAGGCACUGGAAGACUUUGCGGACAACAUUAAGAACGAUCCAGACAAGGAGUAUAACAUGCCAAAAGAUGGGACAGUUCAUGAACUCACUAGCAAUGCCAUUCUUUUCCUGCAACAACUACUGGAUUUCCAAGAGACCGCAGGUGCCAUGCUAGCAUCUCAAGUUCUUGGGGACACAUACAAUAUUCCUUUAGACCCCAGAGAGACCAGUUCUUCAGCUAGUAGCUACAGUUCAGAAUUCAGCCGACGGCUGCUUAGCACCUACAUCUGCAAAGUGCUGGGCAACUUGCAGCUAAACCUUCUCAGCAAAGUCAGGGUUUAUGAAGACCCAGCUCUAAAAGCCAUCUUCCUGCACAACAACUACAAUUACAUCCUUAAAUCCCUUGAAAAGUCUGAGCUAAUCCAGUUGGUGGCCGUGACUCGGAAGGCAGCAGAAAAUUGUUAUAGGGAGCUCAUUGAGAAGCAGAUCCAGACCUACCAGGACAGCUGGUUAAAGGUAACAGAUUACAUCUCAGAGAGAAGUCUGCCUGUCUUUCAAGUUGGAGUUAAGCUCAAGGACAAAGAAAGGCAGAUGAUCAAGGAGCGUUUUAAGGGAUUUAAUGAUGGCUUGGAGGAGCUGUGUAAAAUCCAGAAGGCUUGGGCUAUCCCUGAUACAGAGCAGAGGGACAAAAUCCGUCGGGCUCAGAAAACCAUUGUGAAAGAGACCUACGGUGCCUUCUUAAACAGGUAUGGCAACGUGCCUUUCACCAAGAACCCGGAGAAGUACAUCAAGUACCAAGUUGACCAGGUUGGCGAGAUGAUUGACAAGCUGUUUGACACAUCGGCCUGAACCACUUGCCCUCUUGACCACUCCCAUCUGCAAGUCAGUGCUUUCCAGGUCUUCACAGGACCCUUUCCCUGCCCCAUUCUGGUGGGCAGGGGUUAUACUUGUAUUUAUCAAAUUUAUAAACAUGUGAAAACACUA